GGAUGACACUUGAAAUUUACGCAAAUUGCGUAUCAACAUUGCCCAACGUGCUCGUCGAAAUCGGAGUCAAUAUCCAGACUCUGUACUGUAAAGAACUUUAUUUUGUUGCUAUGGACACUCAGAUGAUUUGAAGCGCUGCUCAAAUUCGUAACUGAACAAAAUACAGUGCGCCGCAUAAUAUUAUGGCAAAUCAAAAGGAUCUGUCACACUACGAUGUGCUGCAAGUUCCUCAAAACGCGUCCCACGAAGAGAUUCGUAAAUCCUAUCAAGCCCUCGUCCUCCAGCAUCAUCCGGACAAACAGAGAAACAGAAAUGCAAACGAUUCGGAGUUAUUCAUGCGAAUUGAUGAAGCAUGGAAAAUAUUACGCGAUGAGCAGACGAGACGCGUUUACGAUGCCGAGCUGAUGCAGCAAAUGUGCCGGGAAGAAUACUUUGUGAACGAGGUACUGCGGGAGGUAGAUUUUGAGAUAAAUCACGAAGAAAACUAUAGGUACCAUACCUGCCGUUGUGGGGGAUUCUAUAUUUUACCCGAGGAAUCUCCGCUCGUGGAAUCGAUAUAUAUUUCAUGUGACGAAUGUUCUCUUAUAGUGCAGGUAAAUCCGCCAUAAAUGUUGAAUGAGAAUAAAGUAAGCUAUUUUUAUUAAU